AUGACGCCGGAUCUGUGCCUGCCGAUCGACGGGGAAUAUCCGUCUUUCAGAGGGGUGCAUGGUCGAACCGCCACCGGUCAUGAGGUGCCCGGAGAACUACAUCAUAGAUCAAGCAGCUAUUUAGCGUACGUCCACCUGUCAGGCCCGGGUCUGGGCUUGACCCGAUUAGGCCAGGAGCUAAAGAGACAAGCUAGAGUAGUAACACUAAAAGGGCGUCCCAAUCCAUGGUCCGUUGACCGUGCAGGCCACGGCGAGACCAUAGCGGACCGUUUUGAGAGCCGUCUCCAAUUUAAGGUCCUCUUUCGUUACCCCAGUCCCCCCAGCCUGAUCCCGCCAUAUAGCAGGUGCCGCUUCAUGGCCGCUUCCUAA